ACUCAAAAUUUCGAUACCGUCAACACAAAAACUCUCGGCUGUUCGUAUAGAAUUGUGAGCCGAGGGCUAGGGCGGCAAAUUGCUGGAUUCCGAGCGUCAGACGAUUUGGGGCAUCCAAGAGCACCGGAAGAAAUCUAGAAAUGGGUCCGCCGAAGCAGAUAAAACGAGCCUUCCUGGGCUUCGACUUGAGCACGCAAAAGCUCAAAGCGGUCCUGCUGAAUUGCAAAAUGGAGGUCAUUGCCGCUGCGGAAGUGAAAUUCGACACCGACCUCCCGGAGUUUCGGACCACGGGCGGAGCCAACAGCGGAACCGAAAAAAAUGAAUACUUUGUACAACCCGUGAUGUGGGUGAAGGCCAUGGACAUUGUGCUGGACCGCCUAGUGAUGCAGCAAGCUGAUCUUAGUACAGUGGUGGCCAUCAGUGGCUCCGGACAGCAGCAUGGUUCGGUGUACUGGUCCAAGCACGGCCUCAAGACACUGCAAAGCCUUAAUUCUGACAAGUUCCUUCACGCACAAAUCGAUGACUCAGCCUUUGUAGUCAACCGUACUCCUAUUUGGAUGGACGCCACCACCACAAAGCAGUGCCUAGAGAUGGAAAUGGCCGUGGGCGGCAAACUUAAAAUGGCAGAACUAACCGGCUCCAAAUGCUACGAACGGUUCACGGGCCCCCAGAUUAGAAAGAUUUAUCAGAAGCGCUGCCACGCCUACGACGAGGCCAAACGAAUCUCAUUGGUCAGCAGUUUCAUAUCGUCGCUUUUUCUAGGCUCUAUUUGUCCCAUCGACUUUAGUGACGGCUCCGGUAUGAAUUUGUUAGACAUUCGAAAGAAGGUUUGGUCCCAAGAAUGCCUUAAUGUCUGUGCACCCGAUCUGGACGAGCGUCUGGGUCCUCCGAUCAGUCCGAAUACCGUUGUAGGCAACGUCUGCAAGUUCUUCGUUAAGCGAUUUAGUUUUUCGCCUGAUUGCAAAGUGGUCGCCAGCACGGGGGACAAUCCUUCGGCGCUGUCUGGAAUGCUUGUGAACGAAAAAUGGCUGACCAUUUCUCUGGGCACAAGUGACACCCUAAUGAUGAGCUUGAAGGAGCCACUCAACUGGGAGGAGGGUCAUGUUCUGUGUCAUCCAACGAUAACGGAUCAGUAUAUGACACUGCUAUGUUUUAAAAAUGCUUCAUUGGUCCGUGAAGGAAUCAACAAGUCGAUGUCUGGCGGCAAUUGGGAUAAAUUCAAUGAGUAUCUCGACUCCACGCCACGUGGAAACUUCGGAAACAUGGCCGUGCACUUUAAUGAUAUGGAAAUCAUUCCCAAGGCACAGGGGGUUCUGCGGUGGAACAAGGAUAUCAAACCCCAGUCACCUGAGGCAGCCAAGGGUGUUACCAAAUUCAGCUCGGCUCAAAUAGAAAUUCGCGCUCUAGUUGAAGGGCAGAUGCUACAUCACCGGGCUGUUGCCGAAGACCUUGGCUACCGCUUUGGGCACGAAACCCAUAUUCUUGUCACGGGAGGGGCAUCUGUUAACAAAUCUAUCCUGCAGACUACCGCGGAUGUGUUCAAUUCACCUGUUUAUACUCAGGAUGAAGGACAUGAAGCUGCCUUAAUGGGCGCCGCUUACCGAGCCGCCUAUGCUCUUUACCUUGAGGAGCUGGGUAAACAGGAAACGCCCCUGCGUUACCGAGAUUACAUUCUUAGCCUGACGACCAAUAAGCUGAACCUUGUCUGUGAACCACACAAGGACAGCCAGGAAAUCUACGCUCCGAUGCUACUUCGAUAUCGCGAAAUGGCUCGCAUAUUGGCCAAUCCAAAUGAAUAGACUUACCGUAAACCCAACGCAACAUUCCGUUUUAUACUCCGAGCAUUCCCCGAAUUACUCUCCUUUUUAAAAGUCACCUGAAAUUGAUAAAACUAAAGUGCAAUUAACAAAUUCUGUGAUUGACAAUUUAUUACAAAUUUUUGCGAAACCAUAUACAAAUAAAUUUCUAUAUAUGGAGCAACUCUA